AUAACGACAGAGAGAAAGCUUAAUGCUAUGAAUAAAUUUUUCCGAAUAAAUAAUUUUUUAAGAAUUAUAAAAAUUAUAAAAGAUAUAACUGUUAUAAAAUAUACUCUUUUAUUUAAUAAUACUACUCUACAACGAGAAAAGAGGAGCUAUAGAUAUCUAACAAGAAGCGUACAAAACAUAACCUAAACAUUGUGAGUUGUGUUUGUUACUUAAGAGCGUAAUUUAUUUUUGAAAAUGUCACUCAAAAGAAAAUUAACACAAGAUGACUUACGUAAAGCUAUGAGUGAACACAAAAAGAAAAUAGGAGCGGUUAAAAAAAUUGAAUCGCCACUGGCAAAAUAUACAGAUGCAGGACAACUUAUGUGUAUUUUAUGCAAAACCAUAGUACGCAGCGAGGCAGUUUGGCCAGUACAUUUAAACUCCAAGACUCAUAAGGAAAAUAUCAUAUUAGCAAAGAAAACAAAACUAGAAACAAAUCCUACAAAAGUUCAAACGUUUAAGAGGCCUACAUCUCCUUUACAAGAAUCAUCAACAAAUAAGAAAAUAAAGGGUAUAUUAAAAAAUUCUACACAGUCAGCACAAGUUCUGUCAAGUUUACCAUCAGAUUUCUUUGAUAAUCCUAAACAAGUCAAUUGCACUAUACCAUCAAGUACUCCUAUAAUAACACAACAAUCUGAGAAUGAUAAAGAACCUGUACAUGAAAAAGAUUUGAAAAAUGUAGAGGUAGAGGAGGAAAAAGAAAAAGAGAGAAGCAAAGAUACAAAUCAACCACCUCUUCCAGAAGGAUUUUUUGAUGAUCCAGUUUUAGAUGCUAAAGUGCGUAACGUAGAAUAUAAAAAUCCUAUAGAAGAGGAAUGGGAGAAGUUCCAGAAAGAAAUUAAAGAGGAAGCGGCACAGUCUGCGCAAAUUAUUGCAGAUGACCAAGAAGAAGCAACAACAGAAAGACAAUUAGAUGAAAUAGAGGAACAAAUAAGACAUUGGUCUAGGGUAAUGGAUCUUGUAAAACGUAAGGAACAAGUGCAGGCUACUGACAGAAAACAAAAAAAUACAGAUGAAGAUGUAUCCAGCGAAGACGAAGUCGAUUUUGAUGAAUUCCUCGAUUGGAGGGCCAAAAAUUCUUAUAAAUGAAAUUUCUAAUUGAUGUACAGUAUUUAUGACUUUGUAAAUAUUUAUAUGGGUAAUUUCAAAAGUACUUUUGUAGGUACAGAAAAUUAUAUUAAUUAAAUUUUCAUAUAAAAUUCUGGACAUUGUUUGUAUAAAAGAAAAAAAAAAAAAAGAAAAAAUAGAAAAGAACAGAAAGAAUAGAAAAAUGUUUGUCACUCCUGUUUGAGGAAGAAAACGAGUGUGUGAAAUUUGUACAGUGUAUUAAGAUUUUAUUAAAACGAAUUCAAAGAGUCAGAAUAUAAUUAAGUUUCAAAUACAAUUGUUAUAGAUUAUUAAUUUAUCCGUUACAAGCUAUAAUAUGAAAUGUAUAAUAUAAAGGUUACAAGGUAGGCUAAGCCGCUAGUAAAAUAGUGUGAGUAGUAUAUUGCCAAAAAUUUAACAAUAUCCACUUUCGUUACAUACCAGACAUUAUAAAAUAUUGAAAAUCGAAAAAUGAGAGACUCGCAUACUCGUUUUUUACCCGCACCCAUCCACGCGCAGUAGCUAGGAAUUUCUACAAUACGUACCUAA